AUGACUCCCACAGAGCCUUCGCAGCAGUUAAAUACUGCUGCUAAGAAAAAGAAUAACAAAAAGAAGAAGAAUGCCCCAAAGCCAAAACCUCUCGAGGAUGGAAUUAAAGCCACAGAUAUAAACCAAGAUGGAGUGCAUCUCGAAGAUGACGGCAACGAAUCCGACGAGCCAGACACACCUGUCGUAGAAAAUAUACCAAAAGAAUCCGCAAAUGGUCAUGCCCCGUCGCCUACGACCAAUGGACACCCUGCCCACGAACCAGUCGCAAACGAAACAACCGAAUCCACAGACACAAGCGCUCGGCUAGACGCUAUAACACAAGAGCGUGAAGCUUUAAGAGCAGAAGUAGAGCAACUUCGAAAGCAGCUCGAAACCAUACAAGAGACGCAUGUUCAAGAAACAGCCCAGCUCAAAUCAGAUUUGGAAGAGUCCGAAGCCGCGAAGGAGCAGGUCGAGGAGCAAUACCAAACUCUGGUAGGCAGGGUCGAGAAGAUCAAAGAGAACGUCAGUACCAGAUUAGCAAGAGGAAAGGAAGAAUUAGAAGAAGCAAAUCAACGCAUUGAAGAGUUAGAAGGACAAAACGAGGAGCUUCAAAAGGGUGUACAAAGUUAUCAAGAUGAAAUCGAAAAGCUCAAGACCGAACUGCAAGAUGCGACAAGAGAACUGUCUAGUCUCCGCAGCAGGAACAAUCUCUCUCAACAUAACUCAUUAAAGGAAAAGGAAGACCUGACGCGGCAGAUACAACACUUAAGAGAAGAAGCAGAGGCAGCUAAGGAUGCGAUGGGUGACUGGGAAGUAUUAGCCAUGGAGGAGCGAUCAAUCAGAGAGAGCCUGUCCGAGAAAGCAGCUGCCCUAGAAGAGCAACUAUCAACACUAAGAGAAAGCUAUGAGCGAAUUAUAACAGAGCGGGAUAGUCAGUCUCAAGCUGUUGAUAGUCUCCAGAGGGCGCUUCAAGAAAUCCAAGAGGCCCGCAAGAAAGAAUUGCGUGAGAUGGUUGAGACAUCCGAGGAGCAACUUCAGGCGCUCAAGAAGCUCGUUCAAGAGGCGGACACAAGAGCAACUGAAGCAGAAAAGGUUAAAGAAUCGUUACAAAAGGAGUUGGAACGAACUGCGCCCUUUGAGAAGGAGGUUAAAGAGAAGAACCUCCUCAUUGGCAAGCUAAGACAUGAAGCUAUCGUCCUAAACGAUCACUUAACAAAAGCUCUUCGAUACCUCAAGAAGACUAAGCCUGAGGACAGCAUCGAUAGACAAAUUGUUACGAAUCACUUCCUUCAGUUCCUAGCCCUUGACCGUUCUGAUCCCAAGAAGUUCCAGAUCCUCCAGAUCAUCGCAGGACUCUUAAAUUGGACAGACGAGCAAAGAGAACAGGCUGGACUGGCGAGGCCGGGAACUUCUACUAAUAGUCUCCGCCUUCCUAGCUCUCCGUUCCACAGAACACCUAGUACGCCGUCUCUGAGUGCGGACUUCUUUUCAGAUACGACACCAACUUCGGCCAGCAGAGAGUCCCUUGCCGACCUGUGGGCCGGAUUCUUAGAACGGAGCGUGGAAGAGGCAUCGCAGGCUGGAGGAUCAAGGAAGGGCAGCAUGUCGAGUACAGCCGGCACGACGAGGCCGGAUACUCGAGGUACUUAA